UCCAAUUCACUUCAAACAUUUCCUUCUUUCUACUCCUAUUGUAUGCUCUAUGGAUUCCCUAUCCCACCAAUCUCACUUUGUGUUGUUCCCUUUCAUGGCCCAAGGUCACUUGAUCCCCAUGGUCGAUAUUGCUCGACUGCUAGCACAACGUAAAGUGAUCGUCACCGUAGUUACAACACCUCAUAACGCUGGCAGAGUCCGAAAAACAAUUGCUCGAGCCGUUGAAUUAGGCUACCCUAUCCGUUUAGUUGAGCAAGUGUUCGGAUUGGAAGACGGGGUGGAGAAUGUAGACAUGAUUAGUUCAAUGGAGCAAGUGUUCAAAUUCUUCACUGCAGCAAACGGUAUGGACGAAGCCGUCGAGAAAUUAUUCGAGAAGCUAACACCACGCCCCGGUUGUAUUAUUUCAGACUGGUGCCUCUACUAUACUCUCAAAAUUGCAAACAAGUUUCAGGUUCCGAGGAUAACGUUCAAUGGAACUUGUUGUUUCUGUUAUCUUUGUGUGCACAACAUAAAGUCCUCGAACAUACUAAAUAGCAUAACAUCCGAUUGUGAACGCUUCACCGUGCCGGGCUUGACUGAAACGAUCGAGUUUACAAAACUCCAGUUACCGGCUAACCAUGACGAAUCUUGGAAGGAUGUUUUUGAUCUGAUUCACGAAGCUGACCAAGCAUCAUAUGGGGUUGUCAUAAAUAGUUUCGAAGAGCUGGAGUUGCCGUAUGUGGAAGAAUAUACGAAGAUAACGAAAGUUUGGUGCAUCGGUCCAGUUUCUCUGAACCACAAAGACGAGUCGGAUAAGGCUGAAAGAGGUAAAAAGGCUUCUAUCAAUGAGCAGCAGUGCUUGAAGUGGCUUGAUUCUCAAGAAAACAGCUCUGUAAUCUAUGCUUGCCUCGGAAGUGUAAGCUCUAUAAAGCCACAGGAACUGAUAGAGUUGGGUUCGGGUUUAGAGGCAUCGAACAAGCCAUUCAUUUGGGUCCUAAGAGAAAACAACGACACAUCAAACCAAGUGGCGAAGUGGAUUAAAGAGGAUGGAUUUGAAGAAAGAACAAGAGGAAGAGGGCUUGUAGUUAUGGGAUGGGCACCACAAGUACUCAUCUUGUCGCACCCAGCAGUAGGAGGGUUCUUAACUCAUUGUGGAUGGAAUUCAACAAUCGAAGGCAUUUCUGCUGGCGUCCCGUUGUUGACAUUGCCACUGUGGGCAGACCAGUUUACCAACGAGAAACUCGUAGUACAAGUGCUGAAGAUCGGAGUAAGUGUUGGGGCCGAUACACCUACAGCUUGGGGAGUUGAGAAACCAGGGUUCAGGUUGAGGAAAGACCAAGUUAAAAACGCAAUAGACGAAUUGAUGAAUGAAGGAAACGAUGGAAUAGAGAGAAGACGAGCUAAAGAGUUUGCCGAGAAGGCAAAUGAAGCUGUUCAAGUGGGAGGAUCGUCUUACCUCAAUAUGACACGGUUAAUCGAAGAUAUCAUCCAAAAAUCUUCAAAAAUAUGUUAAGAUUUUAUAACAAUCUUGAAAAAUGGCGUU